AUGGCCAGCUUCAGACACUUUCCCGACCUGCCCAAAGACCUACGGAAUAUCAUUUGGGACUAUGCUUCUCGCCGUAGCAAUUCAGGCGUCCAGAUCUUUGAGCUUCAGGGUCCAGAACCGAAACAAGAUGGUGAAACUUUCAAUGCGACGACCUCAGAUGCCCGCCCUCCUAAGCAACAACUCGCAUCGCCAUAG